UUUUGUCGAUUUAUAGGUUUUAAAUGAGGAUUUUCAGUCUCCUGACCAGGGUCGCGCUGAGUCCGACAGGUUUGUAAUGAAUUAAUCACUGUAUACCAAAAUGGAUUCCAGACACCAGACAGGGAAAUGCUGGAGGACAUUUUUACCCUGCUCUUUGUUUCUGUUGGCAUUUGUGAGUCUGACAGAUUCCAUACCGGAGCUGAACAUCACCAACCUGCCAGUGAGGUGCAAAGACAACGAGUACCUGAGUGAUAGCAACCAGUUCUGCUGUGAUAAGUGUUCACCAGGAUAUAAACUAACGAAGCAGUGCUCAGGAGCGGGCAGGAGGUCCCAGUGUGAUAAAUGCCGUAAUGGGACGUACAUGGAUGGAAUAAACUACUACAGAAACUGCUUCAGGUGUCAGAAGUGUAACAAGCAAAAUGCAGUUGAGCGAAUGCCGUGCAGUCAUGACCAAAACACAGAGUGUGGGUGCGAGCCUGGAUACUACAAGAAAUCAAUCGAUGAUGAGACGUGGUUCUGUAAACGCUGUAGAGAGUGUGGAGACGGAGAGAUGCAGAUCAGUUCAUGUGCCUGGAACAGUGACACUGUGUGUGAGUGUAAAGAAGAUUAUUACCGUAAGAACAGUAACGUCUGUAUACGCUGCACAAACUGCAGUUUAAAGUGUACCCACCGGUGUCCAAAAACCAACGACUCGAUCCUCAAGACCACGACUCCUGGCCCUGCACCAGGUCCCGUGUUCCCCUCAGUCGUCAUGUCUGUGAUUCUUGUUGGGAUUGGCUUGGCUGGAGGAAUUGCUUUAUAUAAAGGAUUUAAAAAAGGGAGGAGGAUGUUUCAUAAACAGUCCAGUAAAUCACACGAAGCACCUGACCAGGAGAGGAUCGUGGAAAUGACUCAGACAUACACAUGCCCACCCAUCACUGUGGAUGAGACUGUUCCAUUAUCAAGUCCUCCAAAUCCAGGUCUUCCAGACUGCGUCCCCAGAGAGAUCAAAACUCAUGAGUUCAUCUACUUUGUUCUGGGCUUGGUCCCAAUUAAUCGCUUCAAGGAACUGGUGCGUCACCUGAACGUCUGCGAGCAGGACAUCGACAGGGCAGAACGAGACCACCGGGCCUACGCCGACGCCCAGUACCAGAUGCUGAUGGUUUGGAUUGACGGCAGCACCGGGGGAGGGAAGAGCGUCCUGUCAUAUUCACAGCUGAAGCAGUUUGUGGACGUACUGAGAGACAUGAAUCUGUCUGCCUGUGCUGAGAGCAUAGAGGAGAAGUACUGCACUUAGCCCUGAGCACUCUCCUACCAUAAGUCAGUAAGGAUAAGGACAGUAAGGACAACAAAUAUAGCAUUUAUUAUAUAGUAUUAUUAUUGUGCUGAAAAGUUGCUAUGAUGACAUUUCCAAAUUUGUCAGGUGCAUAGUUUGUAGAUGUGGGCUUAAGGUACUGGACUAGUAAUCAGAAGGCUGCUGGUUCAAGACCCUUAAGCUUUAACUAAGGAUAGAAGUGUUGGUUGAAUGCUGCAGACAUGAAUGUAGAUUCUGAGCUGCCACUAACGACUAUUUUUCUAUCGAUUAAUCUAAACAGGGCGGCACGGUGACUCGGUGGGUAGCACUGUCGCCUCACAGCAAGAAGGUCCCGGGUUCGAUCCCCGGGUGGGGCGGUCCGGGUCCUUUCUGUGCGGAGUUUGCAUGUUCUCCCCGUGUCCGUGUGGGUUUCCUCCGGGUGCUCCGGUUUCCUCCCACAGUCCAAAAACAUACAGCCAGGCUAAUUGGAGACCCUGAAUUGUCCUAUAUGCACCUAGCCGCUAAAUGCACGAACCAGUGCAUUGUAGUGCCGGUCCCAAGCCCGGAUAAAUAGGAAGCGUUGUGUCAGGAAGGGCAUCCGGCGUAAAAAUUGUGCCAAAUCAAUGCGGAUCAUGAUCCGCCGAGAGCCGACCCCGUAACCGAACGGGACAAAGGACGAAGAACAACAAAAAAGUAUUAAACAGAGUGCAGCAGGUGUUUAUGGUGUUCCGUACACGAAGCAAAGUGCUUCAACUUAUAGCAGAAAUAAAAUAGUUAGAGGUGGGCACGUCUCAUUAAGUCCAACGUACAGUAACGACAGAAUGAGCCCAGAUUCUAACCUACACAUUCACUAAACUCUUACUUACAAUUCUGAGCCAUGUAAACAAAGUGGCGAGUGCUCCAGCGUAUUCACAUGAGAAGCUUUUUGUGCUUCUGCAAAAACUGCCCAACACAGCAAAGAAAUACAGUAUUCCAAGAUCUCUGGUAUUAAAAAGCUUAAUGGAACAAUAUAAAUGUGCAACAUGGCACUAGUGCUGCUGUGGUACCAUAAGUAUUCCCAAACUUUUGAUGAUUUGGGUCUUGGCAAACUUAAACAUGAUGCAUCGACUUAAAAUAUUGACGCCAACGCAUUUUUAGUGUUCAACAGAUGUACUUAAGAGUCUUUAUUUCUUUAAAGCUUUGUUUAGGAUGUCAAGUCAAGUCAAAUGUAUUUAUAUAGCACUUUUUACAAUAGACAUCGUCUCAAAGCAACUUUACAGAAUCCAGGACCAACAGACCAAAAACCCGUAUUGAGCAAACCAAGGGCAACAGUGGAAGGAAAAACUCCCUUAAAAGUACAGGAAGAAACCUUGAGAGGAACCAGACUCAGCAGGUCCCUCCGUCCUCCUUGGGGGGCCUGGAGGAUCAUUUAAAUAAAUAGGAUUUAAACAAAUCAUACAAAUACACAAUUAAAUUGAACUGAAAGUUAUAACUAGCAAAAAUAAUUGGAGUUCUUCAUUAUUCAGUAAAGUCUGUGAUAAAGUCUGUUGUAAAUUCUGGACAUUUUUGGUGCCCGUCACAUCUGGCAGGAGCAGCAUUGUUGGCACUGCAGUCUAGACUUGCAGUCUUUAACCUCGAGAGGGUAAACGGGUUUCCAUCAGAGCCUCCUCGGGGUAAAACAACAGACGAUGGAGUUAAAAUGUGAAAUCGAUAAGAGUAAAAUGUCAGUUUUACAGAGAGUCGCUUUAGACUCCGCCCACUAAUUAUUACAGCAGAACUAAAAUGUGUGUGUAGAUGUGUGUACUAUUGGGUGUUCCUGAUGGGCUAAAUCUGCUGCAGUUUAAACAUUUCUAUUUUACUCGGUCUUUUCUAAAAAAGCUUUGUAGGUCACAAUGUACCACACUAAUUAUAUAUAUAUAUAUAUUGCUUCUAUUCAGAAUUUAAAAUGCUGGGUCCUCCAGGUGUAGCAAGAACUGUACAUUUAAUAAAAACACUGAAUUCAGGUGUAAAUAAGUGUAAAUAAUUCCUUUUGAGCACCUUGUAAAAAGCAUUUCUGUACUAAUGAUCAAUCCUGCAAAGACCCACAUUUGUAUUUCCUUCAUUUUCAGUUACUUUAACAAUUAUAUAUUUUUUGAAGGUCAACAAAAAAAUUUAUAAUAAAAAGGUGAAAAUUGUU